UACAGAAUAUAAACAACACAAACAUGUUCGCUCCUCUCUCUUGUCGUGAUCCUGUGUACCCCCCAAAUGUUCUCCUAAAAGUAGGCGGCAAUUAUGAGUGGAAAAUGGCGUUGCGCUAUUAAGUCGCCAAGGCUCUACCUACUAUUGGAGGGGCACCUGGGAUUGAUGAGGCUCAGUGGCCAAUGAGACUGCGAGGAACGAAUGAACGGGCUCCAGUAAAAGGGGGCGGAAGAGGAGGUAGAGCCAGUCCACGGAGAAACAGGGACCCUCUGCGAUAAGCACAGGCGAGCCAGAGAAGUAAAUACAUGCCCAAUCGGAACAGCGAUUUUUGAGAUGCUCCAACUAUUCGCGCUCAGUGUAUGCAGAGGACAUCUAGUAAGAUAAUUAUUUAAUUCUUUGAGUGCAUUUUCACUGACGCAGUCAAGGAGAGGACACGAGGAAACUCUUCGUUACAUUUGGAUUCUCCGGUCACAAGUUAACUAGAAAUAAAUUCAGUGUUUGAUCAGCCGAGCAGGUUUUAUUUCCUUAUGAGCGGAGCAGCGUUUUGAAUCGCGCCUGAUAUGGUGGUUCCAAGGUUGGAAGUUGAGCCGUUGCGUAUCAGCAUCAACGUUUGAUUUUUGUUUUUAACUUAUUCGCUGUAACUCUGCGCCCUCUGAUUUAAACAAAAACAGUGCUUUCUGAAAAAAUGUUACUGGAUGCCGGUCACCAGUUCCCCGGACUGGGAGUGGGCUCAUUUGCCAGGCAUCACUCGGCGAGCGAGAUGCAGGAGAGAGACUUGAGUUUGGCACAAAAUAGCUUUGUAGACUCCGCACACAUGGGUGCGUUUAAGCUGAACCAUGAUCUCUCUCCGGGACAGAGCUCUGCUUUCACCACCCAGGCGCCUGGCUACCCCGCUGCGGCUUUGGGGGCUCACGCUGCCCAUGUCACGUCGUAUGCAAGCUCUCCGUUCAACUCCACCAGGGACUUUCUCUUUCGCAGUCGUGGCUUUGGAGAAUCCUCUCCGGCGAGCAGCCAGCAUACUAUUUUUGGCCCCACGGCGGGAUCCCUUCAUCACUCCCACACAGACACUCAAGGCCACAUUUUGUUCCCGGGGAUCCACGACCAACAUGGGUCCCACGGAUCCGCCAAUGUCCUGAACGGGCAAAUGAGGCUCGGACUACCAGGAGAAGUUUUCGGGCGCACCGACCAAUACCACCAGGUCUCCAGCCCGAGGACCGACCCCUACUCGGCCGCGCAACUCCACAACCAGUACGGCUCCAUGAAUAUGAACAUGGGGAUGAACAUGGCAGCCCAUCACCACCCCGGUGCCUUUUUCCGCUACAUGAGGCAACAGUGCAUCAAGCAGGAGCUCAUCUGCAAGUGGAUCGACCCCGAGCAGCUCAGCAACCCAAAGAAGUGUUGCAACAAAACUUUUAGCACCAUGCAUGAGUUGGUCACGCACGUCUCGGUGGAGCAUGUCGGCGGCCCGGAGCAGACUAACCACGUCUGUUUCUGGGAGGACUGUUCACGGGAGAGCAAACCGUUCAAGGCGAAAUAUAAACUGGUGAACCACAUUCGGGUGCACACCGGGGAGAAGCCCUUUCCAUGCCCCUUCCCCGGCUGUGGAAAAGUCUUCGCACGGUCGGAAAACUUGAAGAUACACAAGAGAACGCAUACAGGAGAGAAACCGUUCCAGUGUGAGUUUGAGGGCUGCGACAGAAGGUUUGCAAACAGCAGCGACCGAAAGAAACACAUGCAUGUUCACACGUCGGACAAGCCUUAUCUUUGCAAAAUGUGCGACAAGUCCUACACACAUCCCAGCUCCCUAAGAAAACACAUGAAGGUCCACGAGUCCUCCCCAUCAGCAUCAGACUCCUCACCAGCAGCCAGCUCUGGUUAUGAAUCCUCCACACCUCCAGGCCUGGUGUCUCCCACCACCGAGACCCAAAGCAACACCACCCUGUCCCCAGCCUCAGCCGUCCACAACCCCACCAGCCACAGUGGCCUAUCCUCCAAUUUCAGUGAAUGGUAUGUUUAGGACUCAACUGAAAUGAAGCAACACACACUCAUUUCACAGCACUGGACCAUCCAGCAGGAGAAGAGGCACACAAACAUUUGUUUAUUUUUUAUGUUUUUAUUUUUGAGGGAAGACGGCGAGCAAAAGAUGUCUAACAGUUGAGGUGUAUUUCAUAUUGUAAAUAAUUACUAAAA